AUGGCGUGGAACAACGGUGCCCCCAAAGAGGCAGUUUCUGGGGAGGGUCAAUCCACACCCUCUCCCUCCCCAGGUUUGUCUAAGGCAGAAGCUGCAGGAGCUGUUGGUUCUAUGGUUCACGUUGAGCAGCCACUAGGUGCUCUAGAUGGCACGUACAAGGAGGUGUUCGGCAUGCAGUCGCCGCCUCGAGGUGGAAUAAGGAAAGCUUCAGCAGCUCCGUCCCCAGGCGCAACGGCAGAUUGGCAGGCCCAGCAGGUGUAUAAUUUUGAAGUUCCCUAUGCGCUUCAGCCGUUUAUGAGGGAGGGGCCUCACGGGGGUUUUGCUCCUGCCCGUGUUUACGACACUCCUCUGCAGUCACAGAUGCGGGGCAGACAAGGCUCUAUCACUGGAGGGAGCGCCACGAAGUGGUGGCUACUUAUGCUUAUGACCCUUAAUACUCUUGCCUCGUGCUGGGGGCUGUGGGAAUUGCGGCAAAGAACAGCCCAAGUGAUUCACGCGCAGGAAGUGGCCUUGGGAGAUCUGACGGAGACGAUUAGAAGCCGCUUGCUCCCUGUUUUUGAUCAUGGAUUUUUCCCAGAGUUGCUGUCCCCUCCACCUAUGGAAUCCUUGACAAGGCAACUCUUUUAUGAAUGGGCUGGGGCAAAGGAAGAGCCCGGCGUGGCGCAGCAAGAAGAGGUGACCACUAAAAAAGGAAAGCCUCCAAGGUUGCCUCUUCAGGGGGGGGCAGUUGAACCGACUAGACAUAAGAGAUCAACACUGCUACCUGACUUCUUGCUAAGUCCAACUAUUGCUUCAGGGCCCUCUUUGGGAUUCAGUUCUCCUGUUGUUGCCGGAGUCGAAGGGACCUUGCAGUCGCCUGUAUCCCCAAAGUGGAGCACUUCCAGCGAGCAGCGUUAA